CCGUCGCUGAUGAGUGUGCUGGGAAACAUCUGCAGCUUCCAUGCGGGUGGCAACAUGCAGGCGCUCAGAGGCGUCUCUCUCGCGUCGCGCGUGGCACAGCGCUCCGUCUCCGGCGUCACGUGGGCGAUCGUGACGCUGCCCGGGGUGCUGCUGGCGCUGGUCACCUGCAGCGCGGUCAUCUGGUUGGUCUACGUCAGGCCACAUGAUCCGGAGCCGUACUCGUCGGAGAACCUGGCCGUCAAGAGAGCUGCUCGCGAGAAGCGCGCAUACCGGCAGCGGCAGCAGAGAGGCGUGCAAUUUGCCUGCGCUGCUUACGUGGCAGUAUUUGUGGUGACGUACCUGCCUUCAUAUCUCCUCAACAUCGACCACCGGUGA